GCUGGCUCCAUGCUCUAGCAAAGCCUCACUUCGCAGUGGGGAGGUCCCAAGAAGAGAAACCAGAUACCCAUAUAAAGCUAGCCUGCUUAGCCUUCCAGGGUCCUUCAGCUCUUACCAAAUGAAAGCCGGCUUGCUCCACCUACUGCCAAGCCAGCAUCUUAUUCUCCCCAUUCUUGUCUCUUAAACAACUACUCAAAAAAGAGAGCCAUGAAAGUUACCAGCCUAGAAAAUUACAAUCAACUUCAUGAGCUUCAUUUGGAUUUCUCAUCAUGCAAUAGCAAAGUCACAGUUAUUCCUACUAAGAUCACAAUGGCGCUGUCAGAGCCUCCCCUGAGCCUGAGAGCCCCCCUCUUCUAAGCAGCAUUUGGAGGUUCUUGCUCAAGUACCAACUCUAUGGACCCAGGACAGGUUUGUCCCGUGACCUGCUGUGAACAGUGUGUUGUCUGAUAGAAGAUUCGGUUGGCAAACCAUCUCUCUAUUGCCUUACAGAGCAAGCAAAGAAGAUGGAUCGAUUGAAGAGCCAUCUGACUGUGUGCUUUCUACCUUCUGUGCCCUUUUUAAUCCUAGUAUCCACUCUGGCCACUGCUAAGAGUGUGACUAACAGCACUUUAAAUGGCACUAACGUGGUCUUGGGCUCUGUGCCCGUAAUCAUUGCCAGAACUGACCAUAUCAUAGUCAAGGAAGGGAACAGUGCCUUGAUUAAUUGUAGUGUUUAUGGCAUCCCUGACCCACAGUUCAAGUGGUAUAAUUCCAUUGGCAAGCUGCUGAAAGAAGAAGAGGAUGAGAAGGAGAGAGGAGGAGGAAAAUGGCAAAUGCACGACAGCGGCCUUCUGAACAUCACCAAGGUAUCCUUCUCAGACCGAGGUAAAUACACGUGCGUGGCUUCUAACAUCUACGGCACUGUGAACAACACGGUGACCUUGCGCGUCAUCUUCACCUCUGGAGACAUGGGUGUCUACUACAUGGUCGUGUGCCUGGUGGCCUUCACCAUCGUCAUGGUCCUCAAUAUCACCCGCCUGUGCAUGAUGAGCAGCCACCUAAAGAAGACCGAGAAGGCCAUCAAUGAGUUCUUUAGGACCGAAGGUGCAGAGAAGCUGCAGAAGGCGUUCGAGAUCGCCAAGCGCAUCCCCAUCAUCACCUCUGCCAAAACUCUAGAGCUUGCCAAAGUCACCCAGUUCAAAACCAUGGAGUUCGCCCGCUACAUCGAAGAGCUCGCCAGGAGCGUGCCUCUGCCGCCUCUCAUUAUGAACUGCAGGACUAUCAUGGAGGAGAUUAUGGAGGUGGUUGGGCUGGAGGAGCAGGGGCAGAAUUUUGUGAGGCAUACUCCAGAGGGCCAGGAGGCUGCAGACAGGGAUGAGGUCUACACAAUCCCCAACUCUCUGAAGCGGAGCGACUCCCCCGCCGCCGACUCGGACGCCUCAUCGCUGCAUGAGCAGCCUCAGCAAAUUGCCAUCAAGGUGUCAGUUCACCCACAGUCCAAAAAAGAGCAUGCAGAUGACCAAGAGGGUGGACAGUUUGAAGUCAAAGAUGUAGAGGAGACAGAACCGUCGGCUGAACAUUCCCCUGAAACUGCAGAGCCUUCUACUGAUGUCACAUCCACCGAGCUAACAUCAGAAGAGCCAACACCUGUUGAGGUACCAGAUAAGGUACUGCCGCCAGCUUACCUGGAGGCCACAGAGCCAGCAGUGACACACGACAAAAACACCUGCAUUAUUUACGAAAGCCAUGUCUAAUACCAACCCCGAAAAGCUAUGCAUAUCAAGAAAAUCAGGGGCUGCUCCUUGUAAUACAGAUGUAGUACGCACUUGCCGCUAAGCCUUACCAGGAGACUCUCAUCCCUUAGGUAGGAGUGAUGCCACUUUAAAAGGAGAAACACCUGCCUGCAGUGAAUGGGACUGGAAUUCCCCCAGUAGAAAAGGAUGCGAGAAACAUCAGGGUGCAGAAUUGAUAUCAGACAGAAGGUGUCUAUGUGAUAAUGAGUUUUAGAGGCUGAUCUCUGCCAAAUACCUUAAUUGGUGAUGCCUUCUUGGCAAAGAGUACACCACUGUAAGAUAUUCUGAGCUCAAGAACCCUGUCCAAUGCACCCUGCAUUGCUUUUCCUUUUAAAAAGUGUAGGUCUGCUACAAUAGCAAAUGCACGUACGUGGGUUUUUUGCACUUUCUUCUCAGUUUUGAUUACUUUUGCUGUUCCUUUAUAAUGGGGUCAUUGUUAUUAAUACUAAUUGUUCUUUCUGGUUUAGUCCUCAUUGCCAUUUUUGUCCUCAUUUUUCCCUAGAACACGUACCUCAGAGACUUUGGUAUCAGUCACCAGUACCAGGGCUGAUAUCUACAAGUCACAUUACAUUUGUCAUGUUCCAAAGUAGUUAUGAGGUUUGUUUUUGGUUUUUUUUUUUUUUCAUUCCCCAGGCCUAUUUUCAUAGAUUGCUUUUUUUUGUUUGUUUCCAACGAAGCUGCUGUUGUGAAACUGAGAAAAACUUUGCCCCGGAAUAGCACUUUAAUAGUUAAAAAUGUGUUUACCUGUCUGAUUCAGAGAGCCUUUUGGUGAGUUCAGCUGAGAUGUAGAGGGAGACUGUAAAAGGUUAAAUAUACCCACACCACCCACGAAAGUCACUUUUUAUGUUGAAGUUACAUCAUCCUCCAAAUAAAGACUGAUUCUUUACCUGGAAAAUGUAUUGCUUCCAAAGACAUAGGGUUCAAUGUAUUCCUGUAGGUUAUAGAAUAUUGGUUGGCUUCCAAACAGGCUUGCAGGGACCAAAUGCUGUUGGAUGACAUAUAACAAGGUCCACUUUUUGUGAACUGCAUAGCUGACUUGGUUGUCCUUAAAGGGGAGAGCGAAAGGUUAGGGUAAUAGCAAAGGGAACUGUGCCAUCAAAUUUUAUGCCAAAAUUGUUGAAUAAUUAUUCAGUCCUGCAAGAAAGUGGUUAUAUGUGAGGUGCAUGACCUUAUGGAAAGAAGACAAAAUUAGUCAUCCAAAGGCUGUGCCAAUAACCAGCUGCCUGACUUUGGACAAGUCUGGGCCUCAGGUCCCUUAUCUGUAGAAGGGACAGAUGAGAUGAGCUCUGAGCACCAUUGGAAUGGUCUUGCUGUCUCACAGAACCAAACCGAUAUUAACAUCCUUGCUCCUUUUCACAAUCACUUUAAAGUUUUUUGCAUUCAUCUCUCGGUCCACCUAACAUUUUCAUGCUGCAUUACUUAAAUAUGUUGGUUUUGAGAAAUCGUAGCAUUUUAAACAAAUUGUGGAUCUUCUCCUUCCAAAAAAACCAUUAGGACCACAUCUUCAAUUAAGAUUUAAUAUCAGUGAGAAUGAGCAAAGGAGACAGUAACCUUAAUACACUCAUAGGGGCCUUGGCCACAUCAGGUAGUGGGGUUGUGAUGUCCAAGAUUGCAUGGACCACAUUGGUGAUGAGAGUAGACCCAGAUGUUUAGUCCUCACUCUGUCAUCAUCUGAGGAAGUGACCUUGGACAACUCCCUUCCUCUCUCUGGGGUUUGAUCUUUUUCAUCUGUAAAAUAUGCAGGUAGUACUCGAGGGUCUACAGGAUCCCUUCUAUUUGAAACAUUUAUAGUUUUGUGGAAAGUUUGCAGUCUUCCAGGAUAACCUACCCCCAUUGCAUGAGACAAGAAAAAAUGGGUCCAUGAAGUUGGAUGCUUUUGCCAUCCAAACUUUACAACAAACAUUAUCUGGCUCUGUAAUUGAGGGCAGUGGGCUUGGCUUUAAACCUAGCCUUGAUUUGUUUAUGUAUAGGUAACUGUUAUAGAAGGUGAUAGGACUAGUUAUGGAGUUUGAUUAGACAUCUCUUGAAAAGUACUGAACUGUUAACUUCUGGUUAGAAGUGCUUUGGGCAGUCACAUAAAGAAAUGAGCAGUGAGAAAUCAGGAGAAAGUAUGACUCCUGUUCAGGCUCUCGGGACUAGCAUCGUAUGUUUUUGGGUUGCGGAAAAGUUUUAACGCCACCUCUUAGGAUAUAAAAAUUUUCCAGUUUUCAUGGAGGUCCACAAAUUAUUUACCAUGGGUUUAAAUGCCCAAAGCGACAAGAGAGGACUUACGUUCAUUUUGUGAUAAUGUAUGAAUGUUACCCCAUUCUAUUCCGUUGUCAUUCCACCCAAACCCGUGUGCAGGUUUCCACAUGGAAGCAACAGGAGAAGGCAUCCAUUCCACCUAGACCUUGAAUAGUGAUAAUAAGCUAAAAGUGGGCAGAUUUUCAGUGGAGCAAGAGCAGAAAUACGUGGCCAAAGAAUGUUUCCCGAUUGGUUUUGCUGCUUUAGACUGCAGUGGGAAGAGCUUAUGUAGAUUUUCAAAACUUUCUCCCUCUUUAAGGCAUCGUAAUGCUCUCAGUUUUGAUAAUAGCUGACAUAAAGGGAGGUUGACUUAAAAUGGGAAUUUCUCCUUCCAAAAAUGCUACACUCUUCCUAUCCAUCCUACAGCUUCUUUAUGAAAUAAGAGAGGCUCUCCUGCUAGAAUAUGAAAUGCAGAAGACCUCACGACUUUCAGCUGAUUUUUCAAAUACAAAGUGAACUGUUCAGCUUCAUAGUAAUUCAUGUGAGCGUGACCGAACGUGUGUGCAUACACACUCAUGCACAUUGGACUCAUUUGGGCAGUUUUAAAAGCUUGACACUAAAUCCAAAGCCUCGUCCUUUGGGUCGUAUGUAGUCAUUCGUAAAAUCAACUUCUGGCUUCUGAGUCAUCCUGGUCCUAUCUCUAGCAAUGUUUUUCUUGAAAUCCUGAAAAUGAUUCAAAUAUGUGUGUAUAUUUAAUUCACUUAGAUGAUCUGUAAACUUGGAUGGUAUUUAUUCUAAAUGGGGAAAACAAUUUUAUAUGGAAAAUCUAUGUAAUUUAUAAUGGUUUUGUUUUAUAUAUUAUAUUUUCAUAUCUUUAGGGCACAUCUACUAUCCUCAUCUUUUUGUAUACCAUACUUAGCAAAAAGAAAUACUAAUACUUGACUAAAAUCUCUAGGAACCAAAUGGGAUACAUGUGAUAUAUAACUUAUAGAAAUCGCUCUAAAAAUCUCUGAAUGUCUCAUCCAUCCCAAGCAUUACUGUGCUGUGUCAUUAUGUCCAGAAUGAUUUGUCUUGGAUGCUUAUGAGCAUUCCUUUUUCACAACUAAGGCUGAAAGACCUGACAUCUCACACAAUGGGGUUCCGGAAUUCCCCUUUCCUCAUUUAUCUGUUUUUAUUGUUUGUUUCAUUUUUAAUUGCACAAGUCUAUGUUGUCUAAACUUUGUUUUGAAGGGCAAGUGUGAGAUAACAAGAAAGCAAUGUGAUAGAAAGACUGAAUGAAUUUAACCAUGGCUAUGUAAAUUAUUUUAAUGGACUGGUAAGAUGUUUCAAGUCUAAUGCUUGGAUCUUUAUUUACUGGUGAUCUAGGAUCUGCUCAGCUCUUUAGCACAUGAAGAAAAUGUCAGGUACAAAGGACAUUUGCAUGUUUUGAACAGCACACUCUAAGCCCAGUGCAGCCAACACAGAUUGACUUGACUGUAGAAACACCAAUUCCAGCUGCUGGAAGAAAUGGUUUAGAAAGGCAAACCAGAUACCUUUUAUUCUGCCCUAGGAAAUACAGUGUUGAUCAGUGCUAAAACUCUUCAGUAGUAGUCACUGUGGUUCUUUUCCUUUCAGUGUUUCAUUUGGUACCAAAAUGGAGCAUUUACCUUAUAUUUCAGAUACUCUGUUUUCUUAGCAUUGUUCAGAUACUUUCCUUUAUUGCUCUUCACAUAUCCUUUGGCAGUCACUUGAGUAAUUCUAUAAAUGUUUCUAUUCUUGGUUUUUAAACCAAGUUAUUCGUAGUCUUUAAAUACCUACCAAAUCUCAUCAUAUUUUCACACCCAUAUCUUGGGCAUCAAGAUACUGGUCAUUUAAAAAAAUCCUUUAGUAGAUAACACCGUUUAUUUUCCCAGUGACAUUUUUGGGGUUUCUUCAUUGAUCAACCAGGUUUGGGUUAAACAAAUCAAUUGUGGGGGAAAAAUCAAAUAAAACAAUUGCUUAUUGUAUUUUCUAAAGGACUGAGCAUUUAUCUUUUAUUCAAGAAGAUAUCAUAUGAGAAUGAUAACGAUCUUUAACAGAUUUUUUGGAGAUGGAACUUAUAAAGAGGCUAAUACUAAGAAUACUACAAUCAAAAUUGAAGCUAGAGAAUGUAAAAAUAGAAAGUAAAUAGUUCUGAGAAUAUUCUGGCAUAAAUUAUUUUUAUUUAGCCAAUAUAUAGCCUCCAAAUGUGUAUCUCAGACACCACAGAGCUGCUAACAGUGAGAGUCAAGGAAGAUGCUUGUACUUAGAUUUCGUUUGUUGUAUUUCAGUAGUUCUGGAUGUCCUUUGUUAAAAUUGGAAAAUGGAAAAAUGCCUCUAGACAGAAAUGUCAAUCUGGUGAUUUUGUGAACUGUAAAAUGCUCACUUUUAAAAAUAAAGAUGUAAACAAAUGACUCAUACAUAAGUUGGUAUUACAGUAGCAAAAACAGAAAACCAUGUGAUCCAUCCUGUAUUUUGAUUGAUGCUUUAAUAAAAGGUUUGCACAGGUG